CGGUGAUGUCGCUUCGUCUUUAACGAGCUUGACCCAGAACCCGGAGAAGGAGGGGGAAAGAGGGGAGAAAACACACCAAAACGCGUAGUAGUCUGGAAGGCGUCGGGGCAGGCUUUCCACGAGCAGUCUGUUCCUCCUUGUUUCUGGCCUUGGUGGUUCGGUGACCUGCUACACAUGAGCCGCUAGAGCUCAUCCUCAGACCUUGGCGUGAUCUCUCACCUCUUCUACCAAACCACGCCCGCAGGUCAAGUGUGUAUGGAGCAGUGUGAGAGCGCAGCGGCUCUGCUGGAGUCAGUCAGGGAGCAGGAGGUGCAGUUUGAACAGCUGACCCGGGCGCUGGAGGAGGAGAGGAGGAGAGUGGGCCUCCCUGCCGCCAGCCCCUCAGCGCUGGGUCGCCCCCUCCCUCACACACAGAACGGGCGUUUAGGGGAUGCAGACAUAGAACGACUGAAACUGACGGACGCAUACUUAAACGGCACACAGUACAGGAUGGUGGACCCUGCACACGGCGCUCUAGAUGAGAGCUACACGCCAGAGGACGACUCCCAGGAAGUACAUUCAGUCUUUUCCGAUGAGGGAACCACACGACGGCCGGACACGACUCUCCCUCAGAUGAAGAAACCGAUCUCACGUACAGUCAUGCCCUCCGACUCGAUGUCCAUUGACGGGGGCCUGGUGGUGUCCGGUAUGGGCGGCUACAGCGCCACACUGGACCGUCCUUACAGGCAGGCUGGAGCGGGAGACUACCCCACUGCCACAGUUCCCAGAAACUACCACUAUGGCCCUGUCGGGGGUUACGAUGACUACCGGAGUGGUCCGCCAUCAGAAGCGUACACUAGUCUGGGCAGGGGCUCACACAUGGACGAUCGUUACAGGCCGGUUGAUGGUUACAGCACCCUGGAUUCUGGCUACCGGGGCCCGAGCCAUCAGCAGCUUCACCCCUAUGCAGCACAGCCCCAGGUGAGCCGGGGAAUGAGGGCCAUUGGCUCAUCGAUCGAGGUGCGCUAUGGCCACGGCCACUACGGUAUGGAGGAUGACCAACGCAGUGUGGGAUAUGAUGACUACGGCAUGGGGCCUCCUCCCAUGCACCCCGGAGGCUACGGUACCAUGCCACGCUUGGGGCCCAGCCCUGGGGGCAUGGACAGACGAAGACUUAGGAGCUGUGAGGAUACUUUGGAUAGUGACAUGGGAGGAGUAGACCGUUACGCCUGGGGCGUUCCCAUGACGUUGGACAGGGGGAGCUUGGCUUCACUGGACAGCACACUGAGGAAGCCUCCUCCUGGCUCAUGGAGACAGCCUGAGCUGCCGGAAGUCAUCGCCAUGUUGAACUACCGUCUGGACCCUGUCAAGACAAACGCUGCUGCCUUCCUCCAGCAUCUCACAUUCAAAAAUGACAAGGUUAAGUCAGAAGUCCGUCGACUGAAGGGUAUCCCAUCAUUGGUGUCAAUGCUGGACCACCCCAGCAAGGAGGUGCACCACUCAGCCUGCGGAGCACUAAAGAACAUUUCAUACGGGCGAGACCCAGACAACAAGAUCGCCAUCAAGAACUGCGAUGGCGUGCCCGCUCUGGUCAGGUUACUGAGGAAAACCCACGACCAGGACCUCACUGACACUAUCACAGGCACCUUGUGGAACCUCUCAUCCCACGACGCGGUAAAGAUGGAGAUUGUGGACCAUGCCCUGCACGCCCUAGUCGACGAGGUGAUAGUUCCCCACUCGGGCUGGGAGCGAGGGAGCAAUGGUGGCGAGGAGAGCUGCAAACCACGCCAUCUGGAGUGGGAGACCGCCUUGACCAACACUGCUGGCUGCCUUAGGAAUGUGAGUUCAGAACGCAGCGAGGCCAGGCGAAAGCUGAGAGAAUGCACAGGAUUGGUGGAUUCACUCAUGUACAUUGUCCAAUCACAGAUCAACCGCAAAGAUGUGGAUAAUAAGUUGGUGGAGAACUGUGUUUGCCUCCUGAGGAAUCUGUCCUAUCAGGUCCACCGCGAAGUCCCCGGCUGUGAACGUUACGCAGAGACCACGCCCCUCAACCAGGGACCUGCCCCCGCUAACAAAGGCGGCUGCUUUGGCUCCCGAAAGGGCAAAGAUGAGUGGUUUUCCAAAGGAAAGAAGGAUGGAGAUGAUGGAAGCGGAGAUCAGGUGGAUAUUCCAAAGAGGACAACACCCGCCAAAGGUUACGAGCUGUUGUUCCAACCAGAGGUGGUGCGUGUUUACACAUCGCUGCUCAGAGAGAGCAAGAACCCCUCGGUGCUAGAGGCCGCUGCCGGUGCCAUCCAGAACUUGUCUGCCGGCCGAUGGACUUAUGGUCGAUAUAUCCGGGCCAUCGUGCGUCUGGAGAAGGGGCUUCCCAUGAUGGCGGAACUACUGGCUCACGGCAACGACCGUGUGGUCAGAGCAAUGUCCGGAGCCUUGAGGAACCUCGCCAUCGACAACCGCAACUGUGAACUGCUCGGUUUGCAUGCAGUGCCUCACCUUGUGGCCAACCUGCCUGGAGGCCAGGGUCAGUCUGGGCGAACUUUAUCGGAGGAGACGGUGGUGUCUGUACUCAGCACGCUCGCUGAGGUGCUAGGCAACAGUCUGGAGGCAGCAAAGACACUUCGAGCCUCGCAGGGCAUCGAGAGGCUGGUGCUUAUUAACAAGGAUGGCAAACGUUCAGAGCGUGAGGUGCGGGGGGCGGGCCAGGUGCUGCAGCUGGUCUGGGCCCAUAAGGAACUCCGCCGGCCUCUUGAGAAAGACGGCUGGAAGAAGACAGACUUCAUGGUCAACCUGAACCCCAACACCAGCACCACCAACGGCCCGAGCACCCGAGCUAACGGCACCCAUGAAGACAGCACCACGCCACUGCUGGGCAGAGGGGAAAAGAGAGACAUGAUUCCACUAAAUGACCUUGGCCCUGAGGCCUACUCUACACUGGACCAGAGGGAGAGGAGGCACACUCUGGAUGACACCACAGACACUUUACCGCGUGGGGUGUAUGGGGGCAGAAAGGGCUCCCUGCCUCUGUUGGACUCCUACGAUGGUUAGCCCUCCCCCCCCUCCCCUCUACCCCCCUCUGCAUGUAACAGCAUGAAAAACUGAUAGUGUGCAUCACCCAGACGGGGCCGUCCCUGCCCUACCACUGCUACUGAGGAGAGAAGAUUGAGAUGCACAAACUACCACCCCGCCCCCCCAUCCUCCUCCUCUCCCCUCCUCUCUUUCUCUCUCUCUCUCUAUCACCACCUAAAUGGGAUCAGAAGAUGAGGGUUGGCAUCCAAAGAAAGUGGUUGUGCUUGAAGGCAAAAAGCUUCGUGCAACACACACGUCCAGUUAAACCCCCACUUUUUACAAAUUCAUUGAAGUGUAGCAACAAAAAUAUGUUCUGAUUUUUUUUUUUUAAAUUAUAGUUCUUCUGUAAAGGCAAUCACAUUUGUUGACAAUCAUUUAAUUCUGGUGUUCUCAUCCUGCUUGUUUUUGUUUUCUCUUGCUAUUGUCAGCAUUUUUGAUAAAAUGUUGUCAUGGUCAUGGACAUAUUGCUGCCAACACCCAUAUCCUAAUGAUGAAUUUGUAUGUAGACUUCUAUGUAGGGUAUAUACUGUAUAUAAAAAGAAAAUGGGAUGACUGCAUUAGUUUUGGCUCAUUAAUUUAAAUCGUCCCUUUACUGGGACUGUUGGGAGGUAUGUAACUGGGACGCGCCGGCAGACCAACGGUCGCCCUGUAGGUUGAGAAUGUUUAUAUAGGAGUUAUUUUCCUGUCUAGAGUUAUUUUCUCUCAGUUGGGAUGAGCACAGGUGUAGACAAGAAAAGGCAGGUGUGUGUAUAUUUGUCAUACAGUAAAACCUGUGGCUGCGCGUGUGUGUGUGUAUAUGGGAAAAAAAAAAUGAAUAUGGACCUUUUUGAACGAGUGUGUUUUUGUGUAUGCGUGUGCGCAUGGACCAGUCCCAUAAGACCACACGUUGAUUAUUUCAUCUGUUCAUGUUGUCCGUUUUUAAUUGUGUGCUCCUGUGACAAAGCAAUUUUUUUUUUUUUUUUUUUUUUUAAAUUUUCUUAGUUUUUAUGUACCAACUGCCUCUUUUUGUGUUUGAUACCUUAAUUUCAAACUUUUUCUUUUGCUCCCCUUGUGGGGAAAAAACAAUGGCAUUUUCAGCUGCUGUGUUUUGACUCUGACCACAUUAAACCCAUUUCUGAAAUGUGAAGCUCUGAACAUACUCCGCUAAAACUCUAAAAACAUUUUAGCAUCCUGCUUCACAAACCAUUCCUUGCUCUAUUACUGAAGGUAAACACUAUAGACAUGACUUACUUCACACUAACAAACACUUUGGACUAUUAUUCUUCUCUUAAAGUCUGAUUUCUCCUCAAACUCCUAAAGAAAAGCCUGUUUUUUUUUAACCAUUCUUACAUGCACAUCUGCAUUUAUAUUGCAACGUUUUACAUAAAAACACUUAGAUUUGGGAGGUGUCUUCACUCAGGAGACUCGAGUUUUAACAGAUUGCGGAGAAAUGUUGAUGUUUAACUUGAGAGCUGGACAAAAAGCACAUUUUAGUCGAUGAUCCUUUUUUUUGUACUUUUUUUCUGUCUGGUUUGCAUUUUAUUUUGGGGUUUGUAAAUGAGGGAACGGUGGGUGAGAGAAUUAUGCAAUUUGUUCUACUUUUUAGCCCCAGUUUUACCACUGACUUGUUUAAAAGGCAAAAGAGACCAAUCAUCUUUGUUUUUUUUUUCAGUCUUCACUCUCAUAGUAUAUUUGUACUGUUGCCUAUCCGUGUAAAGUUAUGAUGUACCAUUCAUACCUGCCUUGGCUCUGAGAAGUUGCUUUUUUUCAGUAAAGUAUGUAACUGGUUAUACUGUUGUUUUUAUAAAUAAAGAUCUUUUCUUAGACAAGA